CGUAUUUGGACAGUGGAGCGGCAACAGCAGAAAAAAAAGCUUCCCCAACGGAACCGAGGAAGAAGAAGCUGCCUUUACCCACUACUUCGCCUAUCCUCCAACCACUCCCCACUUUAUCCCUCACCCCUCUCUCCCUCGAAAUCUCUCCCAUCUCCAUCUCUCUGCGUGUCUUUGCUUGCACGUCUCGCUUCCUCUCCAUCAUUGUGGGGGUGUGCCGCUGGCCCCCCACCCCUCCCGAAGCUUCUCAUAUUCGCCACUCUCUCUCUCUCUCUUUCCGCAGUCGAUCCAUGGCGAACGACCCGAAAGAGCCGCCAAAGUCACCAGAGAAACCAGAGGCACCGAGGGGAAAGAGGCCGAGAGGAGGUCCAGGGCCAUGGCCCCCGAGGAUCGAACCGUUCAUGGCGCCGACGACCGAUCUCAACCCCAGGGACCUCAAGACCUGGGCCAAGCGGACGGGCUUCAAUCCAAAUUUUUCCGGCGAGACCGCCAGCGUCAGCAGCGAUCUGGAAAGCGGCUCGGCUCGCUGGGAGGCUCCGAGAAGGCCCGAGAUCGAGGCGGUUCCGGUCGUCGAGAGGGUCCGGCCUGAGAGCUUGCGGGAUGGAGUUCCUGAAAUGAGGAGGCUUGCUGAUCUAGCGCCGCCUCCGCCUCCGUCGACCUUAGCUGUCGUGGAGCCUCCGCCGGAACCGACGAAUAAGGUUGCUCCAAUCGGCGACGGCGGGGGUUCGAAGGGGCCGGAGAAGACCGAGAAGGAGGAGGCGGUAGCCCUGGGGAUCGACCUGCCGGAAUUCGCGGCAGCCGGGAUACCGGCUUAUACCCGGCGGCCGCUUGUUAGGAAAACAUCCUGCCUCGCCUCGCUUUCUUUCUACAGUUUGCAGCACUACCUCUCAUUGGCAGGCUCACUUGUCUUCGUUCCUUUGGUCCUUGUCCCCGUGAUGGGUGGAACAGAUGAGGAAACUGCCACAGUGGUUUCGACGGUUUUGUUGGUAACUGGUAUCGCCACGCUUCUCCAUUCUUAUCUUGGUACGCGACUCCCACUUGUUCAAGGGAGUUCUUUCGUGUAUUUGGCUCCUGCUCUGGCCAUUGCAAAUUCUCGGGAGUUUCGAAAUCUUAGUGAAAGCAGGUUCAAGCACAUCAUGAAAGAACUUCAAGGGGCAAUAAUUGUUGGCUCGAUUUUCCAAUGCAUCUUCGGAUACAGUGGCCUGAUGUCUCUCUUUCUGAGAUUUAUAAACCCAGUGACAAUUGCGCCAACUGUUGCUGCAGUAGGUUUAGCAUUUUUUGGUUAUGCUUUCCCUCAAGCUGGAACCUGCAUUGAGCUCAGCAUUCCACAGCUUGUGUUGAUUAUUGUUUUCACUCUGUACCUUCGGAGGGUCUCCAUAUAUGGGCACCGGAUUUUCCAAGUUUAUGCGGUUCCUCUUGGUGUUGCAAUCACAUGGGUAUAUGCAUCCCUUUUGACUGCUAGUGGGGCUUACAACUUUAAGGGGUGUGAUCCUAAUAUUCCAACUUCCAACAUCUUAUAUGAAGCAUGUAGAAAGCAUGCAAUCAUUAUGAAGCACUGCAGAACUGACGUUUCAGAUGCAUGGAGAACAUCUGCUUGGUUUAGGAUUCCAUAUCCUUUCCAAUGGGGACUCCCAACCUUUCGUUUGAGGACUUGCAUGAUAAUGGUUGUUGUGUCAGUAAUUGCAUCCGUUGACUCGGUUGGAUCCUAUCAUGCUUCCUCUUUACUGAUCAAUUCAAGUGCCCCAACACCUGGAAUUGUGGGUAGAGGUAUUGGUCUAGAAGGAUGCACAAGCAUCCUUGCCGGCAUGUGGGGGACAGGAACUGGGUCCACAACAUUGACGGAGAACGUUCACACCAUAGGAAUAACUAAAAUGGGAAGUCGAAAAGCUGUAGAGGUGGGGGCCGUGGUCCUGAUUGUUUGCUCCUUCAUGGGAAAAGUAGGUGCAGUCAUUGCUUCAAUCCCACUGGCCAUGGCAGCUUCAGUUCUAUGUUUUAUGUGGGCUAUGGUUGUUGCACUUGGUUUAUCAACUCUGCGGUACACCGACGGCGGAAGCUCCCGCAAUGUAUUAAUAGUGGGACUCUCUUUGUUCUUAUCUGUGUCUGUCCCAGCAUAUUUUCAGCAGUAUGGUGCCACCAUCAACCUCAUACUUCCGAGCUACAUAUCUCCCUAUGUUGCCCUAUCUGAUGGGCCGAUCCAUACAGGGAACAAGGACUUUGACUUUGCAGUAAACGGCCUCCUGUCACUUCACAUGGUAGUUGCUUUUCUGGUUGCGUUCAUUCUAGACAACACUGUUCCUGGCAGCAAGCAAGAAAGAGGAGUUUACAUUUGGUCUAGAGCAUCGGAGGUGGCUAAUGAUCCCAAUUUUGUCUCUGAAUACGCAUUGCCAUCUAAAAUUGCUCGUUGCUUUCGUUGGGUGAAAUGGGUUGGCGCGUGAAUCAGCAGUCUAUCUAAUGGUCUGCUACUAGUGCAGACCAAUACCAGUAAAAGAUCCUUUGUAAUCGAUUGCAUUUUUCUGCUAAGUCAGCACGGUUGAUGGUGUUGCAUGGGAAAGGGUAUUCCUUUCAGUCUUGUAAUUUUCCCCCACUUGUUUAUACCGGGAGAAAGAAUUGAAUAGAGAAUAGAAUGGAAAUUUACUUGCC